ACCGUGUGAGAACGAUGCCGCUAAUGAAUCCUGAUCAACACCAGCGGAGAUAGCAGCAAAAAUGGCGUUAUCGACGGCGGCAAUCACUCCGUCAAGUUGCCCGAUUAUGUUGUUUAAAAGCCUGCCCUGUCAACUUCAAGGCCCAUUAGUCAGACAAGUAUCCAUUUGCCGAAUUUCUGCUUGUAAUCCAGUGAAAUCGUUCCGAAUGGAAUGGUUCAAUGAGCCUGCCAAGUUCAAGGUGCACAUUGAUUAUGCUAUGAAGAAACUAUCUGAGUUCAUCCCUCCCUCGGUCCAAAAUUUUCCAUGGGCAAAAGCAGAGAAUGCUGCUCUGCAGCAUCUGCUAGCUUUAGGGCAGUUGGCAUUGAAGUGGUCUCUUACGGCUUUAUUCAUCUUAAGUUCUGCGUCUGACUUCAUAUACUCUAUCUCUAAAAACAAGGAGCUAGUCAUUCCCUUUGGUCUUUUCUGUGGUUGUGUAGUGGCUGACUUUUUAAACGAAACAUCUCACGAGCUUAUUCGUUCCACCCAGGAGAGGGGCAAGAAUUGGCAGCUGUUGGUUAUAGGUUGCUUCUUUGUUCUAGUUAGGAUCUUUGCCAUAUGUAUCGCAGUUGAGCCGCAGUCAUUUCUGUUGCAUGCUGCAAAUGGUGGGUUGAUGCAAAUCCUAUGGCAAUGGAGAACUUCGUUGCAGCCUGAGGGAAAUGAUGCAAACAAUGUUCCUUUGGAAGAUGGUUGUUCUUCCGAGGUGCAGAUUACUAGAUCGGAUUGAUCAAAUGGUUGUUCAAUUCCUAAAUUCUUAUACACGAAGUCUACACUUCUGAAUGGAAAUAUCGGGCUCUACAUAUGGAUGAUCUACAUCUCAGUUCUGCUUUUGCACCCAACCAUCGAGCGUGGUAGAUCUUUGCCUUGUAAAACUACUGAUAAUUUUUCAUUGAGUUUCAGUUAUAACAAACUGCUUGACUAAUACGCUGGAACUUGAUGUUAUAAUAGGAGUUAACAAGUAGGAUUUAUUAUCAAUAGUAGCUUCUUGAUAGCUUUGUGACAACUAGUAGUAGAACCCAAGGAAGUGAGGUAUCUUCUCGAGGACAAGUUUGCUAAUUGAGAAAUGGUGCUAGUUUCUUGGUUGUAAUGUAUAAGAACUUCGAGUACCUGAUGUUGCUCUUUACAGCAGAAACACCUAUAUUUUUUGCCUUACAAUGUAUAGAUCUUCCAAUGAA